AACCGAGCGGCUCUCGCCGCCCUCCGCGCUCCGUGUUCCGCUUCCUGCCGCCGCCGCCACCGGGCAGGAUGCGCCCGAUCCCCGCCGCCCUCCCGCCGCCCGCCCAGCGGCUCCCGCCCUGACGGCCGCGCUCGGACCCCCGGCCCCGCAGCCCGCACGGGAAGGGGGGGCUCGGCCCGGUGCCCCCCGCCCCAUCUGCUCGCCAGCCAUGGGCAGCCACGAGAAGGACCCGUCCUCCCCGAAAAGAGCCCUGUCCCGCUCCAACAGCACCGUGUCUUCCAAGCACAGCAGCGUCCAGCAGGGCUCGGAGAGCUGGGAGGUGGUGGAGGAGCCCCGAGCCCGGGGCAGCCCCGGGCAGCAGCCGCAGCGGCACGAGGGGUACCUGCUCAAGAAGAGGAAAUGGCCCCUGAAGGGCUGGCACAAGCGGUACUUCGUGCUGGAAAACGGGAUCCUGAAAUAUUCCACCACGCGCCAGGAUGUCCUCAAGGGCAAACUGCACGGUGCCAUCGACGUCCGGCAGUCCGUCAUGUCCGUCAACAAGAAAGCUCAGAGGGUUGACCUGGACACUGAGGACAACAUUUAUCACCUCAAGAUCAAAACCCCGGAGCUGUUUUCCAGCUGGGUGAGCAGCCUGUGCAGCCACCACCGCGGGGAGCGGCCGGAGCCGUGUCCCCAAGGUGCCAGCACCAAGGUGGGUGACAGCUCGGGGACAGUGCCGGCAGCGCCCGGGUGGGUGGCUCCUGACAGCAGCUGUGCCCUGCUGCAGGGCCAGUGGACACGGAUCCUGCCCUCGGGCAGCGCCCCCGCCCUGUCCGCGCUGGCCAGCUCCAGGGACAAGGUGAACGCCUGGCUGAAGGACAGCGAGGGGCUGGAGCGCUGCUCGGCCGAGCUGUCCGAGUGCCAGGCCAAGCUGCAGGAGCUGACGGGGAUGCUCCAGCACCUGGAGGCGCUGCACCGCAUCCCCUCGGCGCCGCUCAUCCCCGGCAGCCAGCCCUCCGCCGCCACCGAGAGGCCGAAGAAGGGCCGGAGGAGCACCAAGAUCUGGUGCACGCAGAGCUUCGCCAAGGAUGACACCAUCGGCAGGGUGAGGGUGGGCCGCCUGCACGGCUCUGUCCCCAACCUGUCGCGAUACCUGGAGCCGUCGCAGAGCCAGCUGCCCUUGGAGUACACCCAGCUGCAGCGCAGCUUCUGGGUGCUGGCCCAGAAAGUGCACGGCUCGCUCAGCAGCGUGGUGGCCGCGCUGGUGGCCGAGAGAGCCCGGCUGGAGGAGAUGCGGCAAGCGCUGGACCGGCAGUGCGCGGCCCCCCGGCCCGGCAGCGCCGGCACCGCGGGGCCCGCCCUGCGCCGCUUCCACUCCCUCUCCGUCUCCUCCGACACCACGCUGGACUCGUUCGCCUCGCUGCACCCGGAUGAGCCGGACGCGCUGCCCGCCAAGGGCCGGGAGCAGCAGCUCUCCAACCGCAGCAUCGUCUCGCUGGCCGAUUCUCACACCGAGUUCUUCGAUGCCUGCGAGGUUUUCCUGUCCGCCAGCUCCUCUGAGAACGAGCCCUCGGAGGACGAGUCGUGCAUCAGCGAGGUGACCAGCGGCGUCUGCGAGGAGCCCAGCGAGCCGGGGGGAGCGGGCCGGCCCCCGACGGGAGCGGAGCGCCCGGCGCUACCGGCGGAGCCGCCGCCGCUGGAGCCGCCGCUGGAGCUGCCGGGGCCGGACCCUCGGCGGAGGAGCCGCCUGCCCGCGCCCCCCGCCCCCUCGGGGGAUGUGAGCCUGUGGGGGCUCCUGAGGAGCAGCGUGGGCAAGGACCUGUCCCGCGUGGCGCUGCCCGUGCAGCUGAACGAGCCGCUCAACACCCUGCAGCGGCUCUGCGAGGAGCUGGAGUACAGCGCGCUGCUGGACAGAGCCAGCCGCGCCCGGGACCCCCGGCAGCGCCUGGUGUACGUGGCCGCCUUCGCCGUGUCCGCCUACGCCUCCACCUACUACCGGGCGGGCAGCAAACCCUUCAACCCCGUGCUGGGCGAGACCUACGAGUGCGUCCGGCCCGACCGCGGCUUCCGCUUCAUCAGCGAGCAGGUGUCCCAUCACCCUCCCAUCUCCGCCUGCCAUGCUGAGUCUGAUAAUUUCGUCUUCUGGCAAGACAUGAGGUGGAAGAACAAAUUCUGGGGUAAAUCCCUGGAGAUCGUCCCCGUGGGCACCGUCAAUGUCCAGCUGCCCAGGACCGGUGACCACUACGAGUGGAACAAGGUGACCACGUGCAUCCACAACGUGCUGAGCGGGCCGCGCUGGAUCGAGCACUACGGGGAGGUGCUGAUCCGCAACACCCGCGACGCCUCCUACCACUGCAAGCUCACCUUCUGCAAGGCUCGCUACUGGGGCGCGGGGGCCAACGAGGUGCAGGGGGCCGUGCUGAGCCGCAGCGGGACGCCCGUGGAGCGCCUGGCCGGCAAGUGGCACGAGGGGCUGCACCGCGGGCCCGCCCCGGGCCAGUGCGUCUGGAGAGCCAACCCCAUGCCCCGUGACCACGAGAGGAAUUACGGCUUCACCCAGUUCGCGCUGGAGCUGAACGAGCUGACGCCGGAGCUCCGCAGGGUCCUGCCCUCCACGGACACUCGCCUGCGGCCGGACCAGCGGUACCUGGAGGAGGGGAACGUGCCGGCGGCCGAGGCGCAGAAGCGCCAGAUCGAGCAGCUGCAGCGGGACCGGCGCCGCGUCAUGGAGGAGAACAACAUCACCCACCAGGCUCGCUUCUUCAGGCGCCUGACGGAUCCCAGCGGGAAGGAGUCGUGGGUCACCAACAACACCUACUGGAAGCUGCGGCUGGAGCCCGGCUUUGCCCACCUGGACAGCGCCGUGCUCUGGUAGCCCCCCCAAAACGGGGGGGUUCUGAGCCCCCCCAGCCCUCACAGCAGCGCCCAGCAUGGGGCUGGUCCCCCCAGCGCUUGGGAGUGCAGAAUCCCCCCCGCUUUUUCCGAGCCGGUGUUUCCAUAAAACUGUGAUGUAAAAAUGGGAGGGGGGCACUGGGGAUGUCCCCCCCUGCCCCAGGGCAGAGCCUUGGGGGCAGCUGAGGCACUUUGGGGGGCACAGGAUGAUAAAGGGGGGGGGGGGUACAGGGUGCCCGCGGGCGGGAAGACCCCACUGCCCCCCCC